AUGCGCAACCUUGAGGUCACGGUCGACUCCAUGGAAUUCGCAGCCUGGUUACGCGACAUCUACAAGCUGGAACCUGUUGACGACAGUGAUGAAGAGCAGGUACUCGACGAUCACGACAUCGCUGUUACGCGCGACCAUUCGAAUCUACCACGAACCACAUCAGCUCUCCAAGCAGAUGCAUCAAAUGAAAUCAUCGAUUUGGGUUCACCCCCAGAUUCGUCAGACAUCGAAGAUGGAAAUGCAUUGCCAUCAAGAAUCAAUAUCGGUGCUGAAGCUGAUCCGCUCGAAGACCUGACACAUUCAUCAACACAAGACUCAGUCAUCGCCGACAGCGUAGAGCCAAUCAUGUAUGCGCACCCAGGGCUUCUUGAGCCAGACGGCUUGUCUACCCGUACGCCUAUCAACCAUGGAGAUGAGCCUGAGAACGCUUCGAUCGCCACAGUUCGCCGCUGGAAAUGGGAAGACUUGGUCGAGCAUCUUGACCGCAAGCGCGUAGUCUCAAAAGUCAUCCACGAAAUGAAGUUCAAUGAUCGCGAAGUUAUUCGGAAUCGAAUUCGCCUCGUCGGAAAGACCAAUCUGAUCAAAGAGAUCAGAGCAUGCAUCGGUAUGUUGUGCAGAAGAGAAACGAAGCUGCAGGGCGUCCUACCUCGAGACAUGCCAAAGAUUCUCGCGUUCACGAAGCUGUUCUUGUCUUGGUGGUUCUGUAGCAACUACUUCCAAGGACCCGAUGCAUCCAAGAAAGAUCUUGAAGAGCUGAGAAGAUCUAUGGAUAGCGGGGCCGCCGAGACAAACACGUUUUACGACUAUGUGUAUACGAUUAUGGGGACGACGUUCAGCGAAAAGGCUCUGCAGCAUCCUGACCAGCCAUCUCAGGCCGAGAUCAUCGAGAUUUCCGACGAUGACUGA